AUGUCGAAGGUCUGGGAGUCCGCGCAGAAGCCCAAGGGCAAUCGAAAUCUCGAUGAUGAGAUCAGGCUUAUGGCCGGGAGCAUGCUGACGUACAGCACGCUUAUGUCGGCGAAUGAAGGAACAGAGACGCAGGCCAUGAAGAUCGUGGCGAGACGCCAGCAAGAGAAGUUGAGGGGCUGCUUAAUGCUGCCGUUGGCCUUCGUGUACUUUGUCUUGUUUUGUACGUCUAUCAUGCUGCACGAGGACAUCUCGGAUGUGUACAUGAUUGAGUCGCAGCUUCGCGGGCAGAUGGACGACAUCUUCGGUGAAGUGGAGGACAUGGACUCCCUGUGGGAUGCCAUCCAGGGUCCUUUCUCCGAGAUGCUCUUCAAACAGACCGACAUGUACGGCCGCGCACUCUCAAAGAACACGACGAAUGACAAAUGGGGCGACUGGGGCCGGGUGCUUCGCUACAACCAAAUCCAAG